CAGCCUCUCCGCUCUCCACUGAUUGAGACCGAGGAGAAGAGGUCCGCACAGACGCCGCUGGGAUUUUGUUUCCUUUUCCAGCUCUCGACCCGUUCCCGCUCUUGGUUUUUAAUAAACACUGUGUACAUUUUCUGAGUGGAGGGAAGUUGAGGGGAAUGAGUAGCGGGGGAAAUCUACCGUGACUUUUUCGGAGGAGAAAGUGGCUCCCGGUGCCAACAGAGCAGAUAGUUGCUGCCGCUGCUAGCGGGUCAUCACUGGGAGCUGGGAGAGAAAAGCUAGCUUACUUCCUCUGUAUGUUGGCCCCGAUAUAACACCACAGCGCCACGAUGGACCUGAAGCUGCUCUUGAUAUCCACAUUGCUAGGACUCUUUUGUUGCAGUAAUGCUCAGAAAGAGGGUAACGAGUGCAUCAAUGCCAACGCCAAAUACUGCGGGGAGUGCAUCCAGGCUGGAGCCAAAUGUGGCUGGUGUACAGACCCAAACUUUCUGAAACAGGGUGAGACCGUGUCGACCCGUUGUGACGAGCUGGAUUCUCUGAUAAAAAGGGGCUGUGAUAAAGCGAUGAUUGAAAACCCACACGGGGAACAGAAGACCCUCAAGAACAAACCGGUGACACAUCGCAAGAAGGGAGCAGAGAAGCUGGAUCCAGAGGACAUCACUCAGAUCAAGCCCCAGAAACUCAGCCUCACCCUCCGAUCUGGGGAGCCCCAGUCCUUUGACUUGACGUUCAAACGAGCGGAGGAUUAUCCCAUCGACCUGUACUACUUGAUGGACCUGUCCUACUCCAUGAAGGACGAUCUGGAGAAUGUCAAGAACCUGGGAACCAGUCUGAUGCUGGAGAUGGAGAAGAUCACCUCUGACUUCAAGAUAGGUUUUGGGUCCUUCGUGGAAAAGACAGUCAUGCCAUACAUCAGCACCACCCCGGCCAAGCUGCUGAACCCAUGCACAGGCGACCAGAACUGCACCAGCCCGUUCAGCUACAAGAACGUCCUGAACCUGACCAGCGAUGGCAAGAAGUUCAACACCCUGGUGGGCCAGCAGCACAUCUCUGGAAACCUGGACUCUCCUGAGGGGGGCUUUGAUGCCAUUAUGCAAGUUGCUGUGUGUGGGGAUCAGAUUGGCUGGAGGAAUGUGACUCGUCUGCUGGUGUUCUCCACUGACGCUGGCUUCCACUUUGCUGGUGAUGGCAAACUGGGUGGCAUCGUUCUGCCCAAUGAUGGAAAAUGUCACUUGGAGAACAAUAUGUAUACAAUGAGCCACUACUAUGACUAUCCCUCCAUUGCUCACCUGGUUCAGAAAUUGAGCGACAACAACAUUCAGACCAUCUUUGCAGUCACAGAGGAGUUCCAGCCUGUUUACCAAGAGCUGAAAAAUCUGAUACCGAAGUCUGCAGUGGGCACUCUGUCAGCCAACUCCAGCAACGUAAUCAACCUUAUUAUAGACGCUUACAAUUCUCUCUCGUCUGAGGUUAUUCUGGAGAACAGCAAGCUUCCAGAAGGGGUGACCAUAGCCUACACCUCCCACUGUAAGAAUGGAGUUGUUAGCGAGGGCGAAAAUGGACGCAAGUGCUCCAACAUAUCCAUCGGGGAUGAGGUCACGUUUAGCAUCAGUGUGACAUCGAAGGGUUGUCCGAAACAGGGUAAGACUGACACCAUUAAGAUAAAGCCCCUGGGCUUUACAGAGGAGGUGGAGAUUACCCUCAACUUCAUCUGUGAGUGUGAAUGCCACAAGGACGGUAUCAAGAAUAGUCCACUCUGCCACAACGGGACCUACGAGUGUGGAGCCUGCAAGUGUAAUGAAGGACGUGUGGGCAGACAGUGUGAAUGCAGUAGCAAUGAUGUGGCCACGGAGGACAUGGACAGGACCUGCCGUAAAGACAACGGCACAGACAUCUGCAGCAACAACGGGGACUGUGUGUGCGGCACAUGUGAGUGCAAGAAGAGAGAUAACCCUGAGGAGAGGUACAGCGGCCAGUACUGCGAGUGUGACAACUUCAACUGUGACCGCUCUGGAAACAAACUGUGUGGAGGGCAUGGACGGUGUGAGUGCAGAGUGUGUAUCUGUGACCCCAUGUGGACCGGAAGCGCCUGUGAUUGUUCUCUGGACAACAGCACGUGUAUGGCCAGCAACAAGCAGAUCUGUAACGGCAGAGGAACGUGUGAAUGUGGCACCUGCAAGUGCACUGACCCCAAAUUCCAGGGUCCCACCUGUGAGACUUGCCCAACCUGUCCAGGAGUCUGUACAGAACACAAGGAGUGCGUCCAGUGCCGGGCGUUUGGCACCGGCGAGAAGAAGGACACAUGUGAGAGAGAUUGCAGCUACUUCAACCUGAUUAAAGUGAAGGACAGGGAAAAGCUGCCCCAGCCCAACGACGCAUCCUACCCUGUGAUGCACUGCAAGGAGAGGGACGCCAACGACUGCUGGUUCUACUACACCUAUGCCGUCAACAACAACACGGAGAAGGAGGUCCAUGUGGUGGACACGCUGGACUGCCCCUCCGGUCCUGACAUCAUCCCCAUCGUGGCAGGCGUGGUCGCAGGCAUCGUCCUGAUUGGUUUAGCCCUUCUGCUCAUCUGGAAGCUCCUGAUGAUCAUCCACGACAGAAGAGAGUUCGCCAAGUUUGAGAAAGAGAAGAUGAACGCCAAAUGGGAUACGCAAGAGAACCCCAUAUACAAGAGUCCUAUCAAUCAGUUCCAGAACCCAAACUAUGGACGUAAAGCUGCUGUCCUUUAAGGUGAAAAUCCCAUCUACAAAAGUGCUGUCACGACAGUGGUCAACCCCAAAUAUGAAGGAAAAUGAUGGCGUUGUAGUUUUUAGUGAACUCUGCUAUCAAGUAUCUGACAACUGCAGUAUUUGCCGUGAGGUUUUGGGGUCUGAGGGGAACUUGUGGUGGAAUUUAUCAUUUCUUCUCGUCGCUUUACCAUUAUAAUGUACCGUACGGCCACUGCAUCUGUAUUUUUACUAACACUUACGAUUUAUAUGCAUUUGUUGUAUUUUAGAUGUACAGUAUACAGUGUGUGUAUAUACUUUUAAGUUGCAUAUUUGCAGAAAUUAUGACAUGAAGGUGCUUUUUUUUCCUGCCACAGGACUGGUAUGGGAGGAGGAUCUAUCUUUUUUUAAACAACACAAUAUGGACACUAUGGAUACACAAUAUAUGUACAAGAGUUCCUCAGCUUCUGUGUCUUUCUCAGACACUUCUCUGUCUUUCACGCCCUCUUCUCGUCUCUCUGUGCACUGACUUCCUGUGUGUCUCUGUGUGUUCCAGACAGGACCUGAGUUUAAUAUGUAAAUUGUCAGCCAUAGCAGCACAUUAUGUCAAUGUGUGUGUGUGUGUAUAUAUAUAUAUAUAUAGAAAACAACUGCAAUUGGCCGUAUUGAAGAAAAUUUAGCAUUCAACUUGGAUUGGACAGAUAUGUUGAAUGACAGUAGUGAAUGCAGUGGUUGUAAAUGUAGUUUUGAACUGCAGUUUAAAAAACAUCCAGUGUUUGAGAUUUUAUUGCACUCUUAUUGAGUACUAAAGGAGCAAAUACACAAGAUGAAGAUUAAUAUCAACUAUCAUUAUUUGAAUUGUUGAUGUACUAUCACAAAGGGACUGUAUACCACUUGUUAAAAUGAUGAAGUUGUGGCAGUGUUGAACAAUCAAAGGAUUUGUAUAGUUAUGAUACAAGUUGCAAUUAACUAAUAUUAUAUUGUUGUAUUUGCUAACUGCAGUAACUUUAUUUCUCGUUCUCAGGUCCUUUCCUGUGUUUGUCAAGUACGCCAAAAAAUAUGUUUUCGGUUGUUCAGUGAACACAUUUGUGCAAGUCAGUUUUGUUAGUAGGAUUUUUUUUUAGAUUGGAAGACUGAAACAAGAGCGUUUGUUCCGACGACUCUGAAAUGCUUUCACACCCAAAUGCCUCUGAAGCACCACACACAAGCCUUUACAGUAUUGAUUUCAAAGUGCCUUUUAUUUCAACACCAUGUUCUCUCCCAAUGCUGUUUAUGAGUUAUUUAUUAAAUAAAGUACAAAAACUG